CUUGAAUUUCAAGCAUGGCUUACCCCUUAGCAGCAUUAGCUGACUCCUUAAUCUUAUCUGGUGUGCCAUUGAAAAAGUCCACGCGCCAUAUUUAAUUAAAUUCAUACUCACAAUUUGAUCCAUCAUCACUUCACAGAACCUGCCUCUCUCUCUCUCUCUCAUAUUUAUAUACACAACACAUCCAUCUCCAAAUUAACCAACUAUACACUUCACUUCAUUUUCCAAGCAAUAUAUAUCAUCUUCUGUUCUUCAUUUACAACAACAAACUAAACAAUUCUGUUUUUCAAGAAAUUAAAUUGAGAUGAAAUCGAAAGCGAGCCAGCAGAACCGGUUCCUGAGGAUCAUCACGGUUCCGGUUCGGGCCCUGAGCAAGGCCCGGGAUUUCUACGUGAGGAGCCUGUCGGAUUACGCGGACAGGAUGAACUACGGGAACGCGAUGGCGAUCCCGGUGACCGCGCAGGUGACGGCCCUGCCGAGGAGCUUCAGCGUCAGCUCGGCCCGCUCCCAAGUGGAGCAGGAUCUAGUUCGGGCCUCGUCGACCCGGAGCAUGGGGGAUCGGGCCGAGCUGGAGUCGUACAUCAAGGAGCAGAUGAAGAUGAGGGUGGUGGGGCUCAGCCCGCAGCCGCAGCCGCAGCCUCAGGGGAUGCCGCCGAGGAGCACCAGCGUCGCCAUGGGGAGGAUUGAUGAAGACAAGCCGUGUUGCUAUUUCGGUGAAGAUAAUACUGCUUUUCUUACUACUAAAAUUCCACGAAGCAGAAGCCAUGCUGUCUCUGCAAGAAGAUUGUCAGCCUUUUGAUUUUUGAUUUUUUUUUUUUUGGAAAAUUUGUUGCAUAAUUAUUGUAACAAAAAAUGUGUUUGGUAUAUAUAGAAUGGAGAAGGAAAUGCUUCUUUUAUUAUUUAA